AUGGACGGCGGGCCUCACCCGCGGCGGCAGAUCGAGGCGCCGAGCCCAAGGCGCAGAGCCACCCCAGGUGCGAGAGAGACGGCGCAGCGGGACGGAGCAGCGAAGGGGGGUUGUUUAAAGGGGAUGAACGUCCGGGAGAGGGUCGAAGGGGCCGAAAGGCCCUUCAAACUCGAAAGGGCCUGUCCAGGCGAAGCAGCGGACCGCAGGGCGUGGCGCAGUGAAGUCUCCUCGCCGGCAGGCCCUUCACACGCGAUUUCACGGCAGGCCUACAACAGACGCGACCCCGGUGCGGCCCUUGCGGAGACUGCGGCGCGUCGGUCGCGCCAGGCGGGCUCCAGCCCGCCUCCACGACGGGCGGCCCGCCAGAAGCAGGAGGAAGGAAACAAGAACGCUCUCGAAGGCCUCUCUUGA